AGUGACAGCAGACAAGAAUAUAGCUUGAAACUGACUGGAAAACUACCAAAAGAACAGAACGCAAGGAACAGUUUAGAGGAACAGAUUUUUUUAUACAUCUUUUUUUUUUUUUUUUUUUUUUUGAGGGUAUGGCCUCUUUCCCAGAAUUCCUGAAUGACUCGUCUGUCCACGAUGGCUCUGGUGCAAAGGUGCCCCUGCCUUGGGCAGGAUUCAUCAUGCUGUCCCUCCUCAUGGCCGUGUUCUCCAUCACAGCUGUCGUGUUGAACGCUACAGUGAUAGUCAUCACCCUACGGCACAAACAGCUGCGGCAACCACUGAAUUUUGCCCUGGUCAACCUCGCUGUGGCCGACCUGGGCAUCACAUUAACAGGAAGUGUGCCCUCUGUGGUGACCAAUGCUUUGGGCUACUACAUUUUGGGACGGGUCGGCUGUGUACUGGAGGGAUUUUGCGUUGCAUUAUUUGGUAUAACAGCGCUGUGCACAGUGGCCCUGAUUGCUGUGGAGCGGCUGUUUGUAGUGUGCAAGCCUCUGGGCACCAUCAAAUUCCAGACCAAGCACGCCGCAGGAGGGCUGUUGUUAUCCUGGCUCUGGUCUCUGGUCUGGAAUAGCCCGCCUCUCUUUGGCUGGGGGAGCUACCAGCUGGAGGGAGCCGGCACAUCCUGUGGACCUGACUGGCAGAGUCGAGAUCUCAAGAAUGUGUCUUACAUCAUCUGUUACUUCUCACUCUGUUUCGCUGUGCCAUUCUUCAUCAUUGUGGUGUCAUAUUCAUGGCUGCUCUACACGCUAAGACAAGUGGCUAAGGUCGGUGGAUGUGUGGCUGCGAGGGCAGAGUCCAAGGUGACGUGGAUGGUGGUGAUGAUGGUGUUUGCGUUCCUCGUGAGCUGGCUGCCAUAUGCCACUCUGGCUCUAACGGUCGUCUUCAACCCUGAUGUUCAGUUGCCCGUUCUGGUGAAGGUGGUGCCCAUAUACAUGGCCAAAAGCAGCACUAUUUACAACCCACUGAUCUACAUAUACAUGAACAAACAGUUCCAGAAGUAUGCAAUACCUCUUCUGAUGUGUGGAAGAGAUCCCUGGCCUUCAGAGGACGAUUUAUCUGAUGUUCAGACCGUCGUUUCACCAUUGAACAACAAAAUCAGCCCGGAGUGA